GGGAAGGUUAAAAAGAAGCAGUGCACAUGCUCAGAGAUGCUUUUUCUUGUUCUGUUGGCAGUUUGCAGCGGCCAUGCCAAAGAGACCAUCACAAAGACAAGAGAAAUCAGGAGGAAGUACCAAUUAGCAGGAUGCUGACACCUUACCUCCUAAGAAGAGUGGUCUUCAUGGUUCCUUUGAUUUUUGUAGUUGCGCUGCUCACCAUGGAGCCCAUUAAAGCCAACCAAGAAGCAGGAACCACAAUCCCAGCUGAAAGUCGCCCCUGUGUUGACUGCCAUGCAUUUGAAUUCAUGCAGAGGGCCUUGCAGGAUUUAAAGAAGACUGCGUAUAAUCUAGACACACGGACAGAAACACUGCUUCUUCAAGUGGAAAAGAGAACUCUGUGUGACUGUGUAACUGCCGACACGCUGAACUGAACACUGGAGAAGAGCCAAAGAGUGUCACCUGUUCAGCUGGUUUUAAAAAUGCUGCUGGAUGUAAUAUGGACAGCCGUGUGGAGUACAUAUUGCAAGCAUGUAAGCCCCAGUGUAGUGAGGCAAGCAGGUGGGGAGUUUCUUUAUGAGAUGGUGGGGUGGAGUGUGGUUGUCUGUCUUAUGCUUGUUUUCUCCAGUAGGAAGGUGCUACUAUUGUGGCUUGACUGAUUGAUCAUAUCAAGACAGAGCAUUGCAUGCUGGAAUCUGUAGUCUCUGCAGGCUGUAUCGCCAUAUUAAAGGUAAUGGUAGCUGCAAUCCAUUCUGUUUAUUUAUAAUGCAAAUUUGGACCAAAUUCAGCCAAUUUGUAACUGUGGAUUUCAAUGGUGUUCCUACACCUGCUUCUAUCUGGACUGAAUUUGGCCCUAAACAGGACUCCUUGUCUCCUGGGAAGCUGUCGACUUGGCUGGAGAAAAUGUAGGUAUCCUUGAAUUAAAUCAUACACUGUCACUACCCACUUAGCACUCCCACUGUAUGCCAGCACAUGUAGAAAUAGCUAUUGUUUUACCAAUCUAAAUGCAUGUUGUGUACAAAGGGAAAAGGACAAUAAAACUACUAGAAAAACA